UUACUGCCCGGGGACCCGGACAUGGCCCCUGAAGCUCAAGGGAUCCUACAGUAUUGGGGAGUCUGCCCUGGAUUCCUUUCCCCGGGGCCCGGACACUCUAAAUAUAUUAGGCUGGACACUCCCCCCCCUCCCCCCACGUGGUGAAUGUAUGGAGUUGGGGGGCACAUCAGUGAGGGGUUUCCCUUCUCACUUGGAUGCAUGUGUGCAGCCACUGACCCCCCAAAAACCCUCUCCCCCAAACUUCGUUUGUGGAGGUAAGAUGGUUCAUGAAAUUGCAGGGGAGGCAAAGACUGUGCAGGAGCCAAACUCACUGUAAGUGUGGGGAGAUCCCACAACUGGCUGCAGGGCCAAGAGAGGGGCCAAAGGGUAAAAUGGGGACAGGCAGCAGGGUUAAGAACAGGCCAUGCCAGGAAAUAAAAAAUACCCCAAUCAAGGUGGGGGGAGACAUUUGCAGUGUUAGUAAAAAUUCAGAAGAGAGGACAGAAGAUUUUUCCCUCACUCCUGCUAGGAUAGGUAGUGGCAGGACCCACUUCCUGGUGCUGUGUGGGUGGCCGGUGCCUGGAGAAGGUGCCUUUUCCUACCUGAAAGGUGGGUGCUGCCCAAGGGGUGAGAUUCAGUUGUUGGGGGCUGCCUAGGAGAGCUGUUGUUUUGCCUCCUGCCCAGCACUCUAGUUAGGGAGCAGAGGUCCUGGGCUAAAGGGACAGGGCUGGAUUUAAGCCCAGCUGCAGGGUCCUGGCUUGUUCUUAAAAAUGAGUGGAUUGUCCCAUAUUUUCUUUCUCUCUCCCCACCAGUGCUGGUGGGUCCUGCUGCUGCUAGAUCCCUGCUCCCCAGCCACCUGCCCACCAACAGGAAGUAGGGAGUCCAGUGGCAGCUCCCCCAACUGGUCCAUCUGUGCAGCCUCUGCUGGGUGUACUUACCUAGAACAACAUUUCCUCCUCUCCCGCCCCCUCAUAUGUCCCCUCUGUUUACGCUAUGUGACCCUUGGCCUGCCUGGAUCUAGCCCCUGAAUCUCAGGGACCCCCCCCCAGAUAUUGGGGAGCCUGCCCUGGCUUUCUAGCCCCCCUCCCACUGUCUGCAGCAUACAAAAUAUAUUAGGCUGGACCCCCUGGUGUGUGGUGAAUGUGGGGAGUCAAGGCUGAUGUCAGUAAGGGUUUUUGGUUUUGUGGGAUUUUUUGGGUGUGGUGUGUUUUUGUUUCUCACUUGAAUGCCACUGACCCCAGAAUGGUCCCCCCCGCACCCCAGUUUGUUUUUUGUUUAUAGGGGAGGCAAAGUCUGAGCAGGGGCCAAACUGGCCAUGUGGGUAGGGAGAUCCCACAAUUGGCUGCAGGGCCAAGAGAAGGGCCAAAGGGUAACAUUGGGACAGACAGCAGGGUUAAGAACAGGCUCCGGGCCCUGCUAGAAAAAAAUGUGGCAGGGGAGGGGCAUUCGUAAAAAUACGGGUGAGGGGACAGAGGGUUUUUCCCCCUACCAGGAUAGGGGGUGGCAGUGCCCACUUUCCCAGACUGUGUGGGUGGCCGGUGCCUGGAGAAGGCGCUUCUUCCCUACCAGAGAAGGGGGCACUGCACAAGGGUGAGAUUCAGGUUGAGCUGUUGUUUUCCUCCUGCCCAGCACUCUGGUUUGUGAGCAGAUGUCCCAUGUUAAAGGCCGACUGCAGGAUCCUGGCUUGUUCUUAAAAAUGGGCUGCAGAACACCCAUGUCUUCCCCCAGUUCAUCCCCUGGCCUUCAGAGCCAGGGACAGGACAUGGCCGUGGUGGAGCUGCUGACCUUCGAAGAGGUGGCUGUGUAUUUCUCUAAGGAGGAAUGGGCUCUGCUGGACCCGGGCCAGAGAGCCCUCUACCGGGAUGUGAUGCAGGAGAAUUAUGAGGCUGUGAGUUGGCUGGGAUUUCCAGUCUCCAAAACUGAUGUGAUCUCCUGGGUAGAGCGAGAGGAGGAGUUCUGGGUUCCAGAUCCCCGGAGUUGUGAGGAAGGAGUGAUCAUCAGCAACACCCACACAGCAGGUGAUGGGACACUGACUGAGAACCAUGAGAAGUGUCUUGAGCAGGAAGGACUGGAACAAGUGGCUCCAUGUGGGAGGUUAUUGGGAAGAUCUGAAGAGCAUGUUUCCCAGAUAGAUGAGCAAGGAGAAAGCUGUGAGAGACAGCAUAGCCCAGAAAGGCAGCAGGGAAACCAUCCAGGAGAGGGACAGGGUAACUCCAGUCACAGGAGCAGAGGGGAGAAAAACACAGAAACCAUUCAACAGAAAAUCCCCCAUCAACAGUCACCCUGCACUUGUAGUGACUGUGAAACUCUUAUUGAACAUCAAAGAGCCCACACAGAAGAGAAGCUCUUCAAGUGCUCUGACUCUGGGAAAACCUUCAGUGAGCACUCUCACUUUAUGAACUGUCAGAAAAUACAUACAAGAGACACACCCCCUAACUGCUCUGACUGUGGGAAAAGCUUCAGUAGACGUGCAGACCUUGUUAGACAUAGGAGAACCCACACAGGGGAGAAACCUUUCAAUUGCUCUGACUGCGGGAAAAGCUUCCGUCAAAAUCCACAUCUUGUUAAACACAGGAGGACCCACACAGGAGAGAAACCUUUCAAUUGCUCUGACUGUGGGAAAAGCUUUAUAAGGAACUCAGACCUUGUUCACCAUAGGAGAACCCACAGAGGGGAGAAACCCUUCAGUUGCUCUGACUGCGGGAGAAGCUUCCAUCGGAAUUCACAUCUUGUUAAACACAAGAGGACCCACACAGGAGAGAAACCUUUCAGUUGCUCUCACUGUAUGAAAAGCUUCAGUAGAAGCUCACACCUUGUAAUCCAUUGGAGAACCCACACAGGGGAGAAACCAUUCAGCUGCUCUGACUGUGGGAAAAGCUUCAGGGAGAGCUCAGACCUUGUUACCCAUAGGAGGAGCCACACAGGAGAGAAACCUUUCAAUUGCUCUGACUGUGGGAAAAGCUUUAUGAGGCGCUCGGACCUUGUUCACCAUAGGAGAACCCACACAGGAGAGAAACCUUUCAAUUGCUCUGACUGCGGGAAAAGCUUCAGUCAGAAGUCAUGCCUUGUUAGACAUAGGAGGACCCACACAGGAGAGAAACCCUUUACCUGCUCUUACUGUGGGAAAAGCUUCUGUCAGAAGUCACACCUUGUUAGACAUAGGAGGUCCCACACAGGAGAGAAACCUUUCACUUUCUCUGACUGUGGGAAAAGCUUCAAUAGUAGCUCACAUCUUGGUACCCAUAGGAGAACCCUUACGGCAGAAACUCUUCAGCUCCUCUGACUGCAGGAAAACCUUCAGUCAGUGCUCCUGUGUUACUAGCCAUCAGAUAAUACAUACAAGAGUCUCA